AUGGCGGAGCCUCCUUCGUCCAGCUUCAAGUACAAGCCCGCACCCCUGUUCCCGCUGCCACCACAGCUGCACCCGGCCACUUAUGAUGUGUCACUGGAGAAGCGCACUACCAAGGCCAAGCUCAUGGCCAUCCGCUCCCGCCUCAAGCGCCACUACCUGCUGGAGCUCAGCAAUCCCCAGCAAACCAGCAUUGAUGACCCUGCUGUCACUCCUUGGGUUUAUGCCAGAAUGUACAAUGCCUAUCCUAAUUUCCAUGUCACCCCCAAAACUUCACUACUGGGAGCUGCUUUUAGACUAGAGCCCAUUUUUUUCUGGUGGUUUCUGGUGGUUUUUUCUGGUGGUUUCAAAACAGACGGGGAUAGAAAAGAAAAGCUCAUACAGGAAGGCAAGUAUGAGCGAUCGUUCCCUAUGUUCUAUUAA